CCGGCGGGGCUGCUGGAGCGGAGCGGAGCUCUGCGCGGUGCUACUGCUCCUGCUCGCCCUUUGCGGGGCCCGGGCCGAGCAGAUGGAGGAGCACCUGAAGCGGGAGCACUCGCUCGCCAAGCCCUACCAGGGUGUAGGAUCAUCUACCUCCUCUUUGUGGGAGCUCAUGGGCAACGCCAUGGUGAUGACGCACUUUAUCCGCCUGACCCCGGAUGUUCAGAGCAAGCAGGGUGCUGUCUGGAACAGGGUGCCUUGUUACUUGCGGGACUGGGAGAUGCAAGUGCACUUCAAAAUCCACGGGCAAGGAAAGAAGAACCUGAAUGGAGACGGCUUCGCCAUGUGGUACACCAAGGACCGGAUGCAGCCAGGGCCUGUCUUUGGGAGCAAGGAUAACUUCCUUGGACUGGGAGUGUUUGUAGACACCUACCCAAAUGAAGAGAAGCAGCAAGAGGCGCAGAAGAAGAGGUAUUCUUCUGGAAAUCAGCGCGUUUUCCCAUACGUCUCCGCCAUGGUGAGCAACGGCUCCCUCGCUUACGACCAUGCCCGGGACGGGAGGCCCACGGAGCUGGGCGGGUGCACGGCCAUGGUGCGCAACCUCCAGCAUGACACCUUCCUGGUGAUCCGCUACGUGAAGAGGCGGCUCACGGUCUUGCUGGACAUCGACGGGAAGAACGAAUGGAGAGACUGCGUAGACAUCCCAGGCGUGCACCUGCCGCGCGGGUACUACUUCGGCGUCUCGUCCGUCACCGGCGACCUGUCAGCUGUACCAGCUGACAGUCGAGCGGAUGCCAGAGGAGGAGCGGCGGGACAAAGAGGUCUUCCUUCCCGUGGUGGACAACAUGAAGCUGCCCGGAUUGGAGACGCCGAUGGAGCCCAUGAGUGGCCUGGCUCUCUUUCUGAUUGUCUUCUUCUCGCUGGUCGCCAUCGUGUUUGCCAUCGUCAUCGGCAUUAUCGUCUACAACAAAUGGCAAGAACAGAGCCGGAAGCACUUCUACUGACCUGUGGGGCCCCUUCUGUAUUCUGCCUUCUGGACGGCCGGCGGGGUGGAUGGCCACGUACGCAGGAGACCCUUCUCCAGAAGCCCGGCGGCCAGGGGCUCCCAUCCGUCCGGAACUUAAACUCUGAACGGAUUGGUGGGGGCCCUCCUUGCUGGGCCCCCUCUGUGGAAGGUGGCCACACCUCUCCUCUCUGUCUUCUCUGAUCUGAGCUUUCAGCACCAGCAUUUCCACAGACCUUGGUGGGUUCUAAACAUAUCUGCAGCUGUGUUGUGCAGAAGGGACGUUUGUGUCCUUGCAGGUGGAUCAGAGAGGCCUGUGGCCAACUGCCUGGAGUCCGUGGCCUGCGCUCUUGGCUAGCUGGGAGCUUUGGCCUGGCGGGCAUCCUGAUGGCGCCUGUCGGGGCAAUUGUGACAGGUCCGUCCUGACUGUCUAGUCUGAAUGUUUUACCAGGAUGUCUUAGCCAGCACCUGUCCUGGCAAGGAAACCUGGUGACUUGCAGCUGUAAGGAAGCAACCCUCCCCCGCAUGGCCCACGACCUAAAUGUCCCUUCUACUUGCCCAGGACGGGAAGAAGCGCAGUGAAUGCACAACCCUGCCGAGCAGUCAGACGGGGACUUCCCCCUGAAAGUGGCCCCCCCCCGCUCUGCCGGCUCCCCGGCGGCGCUGUUGGCGGCCUGAAUGGGCCCAGUGGCCAUCGGGCUUGUCAGGUGUGGCCCGGCACCCUUGCGGAGGGGUGGAUGUGCCCCCGUGAGGUGCGUCUUCUGCGGGAUCCCAUUCGCUGCAGCGGCAGCAGCAAGGCCUCGGCCGGGGAGUCUGGCGAUGGCCGUGGCUUCUGGGCCGCUCCCGUGGAGGCCCACAGAGGCUCGUCGAGGGGCUGCUUCAGCGCGAAGCUCGCCUGCGUUCGCCUCGCUUCCCCUGCCGACUGCUUCGCUCGCUGCUUCUCGCACCUGCAGCAAAGGUGGGGCAGAACGGCCGUCUCCAGACGCUUCGGGCUCGACUCCCAACAUUCUUGACACUGGGCAUGUGGAUAGGGGCUUCUGGGGGUUGAAGUCCGAAACAUCUGGAGAGGGACUGCCCUCGAGCGCACAAGCAGCUCCCUGGGGGAACAAGGGUGCAGCCGAAGGGCUGUUUCCCACCAGGCCGACAGGGCUCCACGAACGACUGGGGCAAGACACCGGGUCCUUCCCUCCCUGCUGCUGCCUCUCAAGCGGCCCCUUCCACUUUCUCUUGAGAGACAUGACCCGGUUCCCUCCAGAUGUGUUGGAUUGCAAUUCCCAUCAUUCCUGGCCAGUGGGCACGGGUGCUGGGGCUUGUAAUCUUGAAGCUUCUGCUGCUGCCUUGCUCCUCUCCUCUCCCUCCGCCCUACAAGCCCCGCCGACGCGCUCGUCUUCGGCAUACCAGUCAGUUUCCUAUGUGUGUCUUCACCGAGGGUUGACCUUGGUUGGAAGAAACGUGGUCUCUGAGCCGUUGAACUGGAGAGCUGAGGAGUGACUCCGGGAUGCUUGCUUGCCUCGCUGGGCGCACCACUCGCCUGGCUCCCUCUGGCCCCACCCGGGCUGAAAAGCCUCGCGGGAGGAGCUUGCUGCUGCCUCGGCAGGCGCUGGGCAGUGUUCUGUGCUGUGGCAGCCUUGAGUCGUCCUGUGCAGUGGGAGGCCUGGCUGUGCCCAGAGAUGUCCCCCCACUCUGUUUUCCUGUGGCACAGUUAAAAAAAACAACCAUACUCUACCGUUUGAGCAAGGACUAUGCGAAAUUUUCCAUUCCAAAUGGGCUGCCACUGAAGAUUUUCAUGGGGGGAGAGUAGUUUUCAGAAACCUCUUAAUGGUCUGCCCUUCUCUCUGGGAUACUUUUAGUUUCUCCUUUUCCUCAGCAUGGGCUUAUUUUUAAAAAUAAUGGUUGAAUGCUCCCGGCAAAUCGGUGCUCAUGCAGUGAACAUAAUCUGGCCAUUUUUUCUUUUCCCACGUGGCCUCCGUCCAGUUCGCUCGCUGCAGAAAUGGCCGAAGGCGGGCUCGCUUCUCGGUGCUGUCCAGACGCGCGUCACAGGGCCCCCUCGCGGCUCCUGGCUGGGCCCUAGUCUGGAAGAUGCCCACGAGCGCUUUCAAGCAUACCCGGAUCACAGUGUGCUGUUCCCUUGGCGGGAAUGCAGCUCGAGACAAACUGGAGAACUGCAGCCUGCCCAGCCAUUGAGCGACCCCUGAGAAGAAUUCCAAGCAGCAAGCAAGCAAGCAAGCAAGCAGCCUGUGUAAAAGAAAAGGCCGAUUUAGAAGAUGGCUCGGCUGUUUGCACGUCACCCCUUCCCUUUAGUUCACAAGCGGCAUCAGCUUCCGGAGGCCUUUUCUACUUGAGCCAUAAACUUGGGCUUGCUCCAAUUUGUGCUGCAGCCGUCCUCCUGCCUUACUGCCGUGGGUGAGGCGUUUCUGAAUGUCCCCUUGUGUAAAGGGGCAGCAGGAGGGGGGUAGGGUCGCCCUUUCGCCAAGAGGGUGUCUCGAGCUGGGGUGAGCCCCAGGCCCAAGAAGGACCCCCUUUGGUCCCCUCGUCCAAGAUGCGUGCUGGCUUCGGAAGGGGUACCUCUUGCAUCCCCCCGCCCCAAGCAUGGCCAGCUGGCUCUUGGUGCAGCACGGAUUGCCUUGCGGUCGCUUGACCUGACUCCCAGUUGGGCUGCUGCGUUCGCCACUGGCCUGACAGGGCUCGCCCGCGUGCAGGGAGCCCUCAGAAGGAGGCCACCGAAUUGGAACUGACCUUCUUGAUAACCUUGCCGGCGACGACACGAGCCGAGGCUCCAUUUGCAUCAUUAGCCCAUCCGCCCCAACAUGUUUAUCGGCACCGCGCUGGGCGUGGCCCCUGUGAUUACUUGACGCAUCUGAGCUUGAACAGAAUUGCCCCUAUUCUGUCCUUCUUCGCUUGCCGACUCAGGGCUGCUCUCCUCGCUUUGGGCAAAGUGGGCUCUGGCCAGCAAAUGCUUUUGCCUUAAUUAACUGGUGUGUUUGUCCUUAGGGUGCCACAAACAGGCAUCCCGGAGAGCCCUUGGGGGGCAGAAAGCCUGCAGAGAAGAGCUCGGCCCGUGGUACCCCUGGCCCUCUGCCAGACAAUGAAAGAACGUGGCGGUCGGCCAAAAUGCCUGGGAGG